AAGAAGCCAAAGAGGAGGAGCCCAGAGGAAGAAGUAGAAGCAGAGGGGCCCCAGUGGAGGGGAGAGAAGGAAGAGAAGAAGGGAAGGAGGAAGAUGCCGGAGUCGGUGCUGGUGACGGGGGCCAACCGGGGCAUUGGCUUGGAGCUGGUCAAGCAGCUGCUGCGGAAGGAGGAGAAGCCCCCCAAGGUCCUCCUGGCCACCUGCAGGGACCCCCAGGGCCCCCAGGCACAGGAGCUGAGGGCCUUGGCCUCCACACAUCCCAACCUGGUGAUUCUGCAGCUUGAAGUCACUGACCCGGCCAGCGUCCAGUCUGCGGCCAAGGAGGCGGAGUCCCGCUUGGGGGGGCGGGGUCUGAACCUGCUGGUCAACAACGCCGGGGUGAUGCCCGCCUGCACCUUGGAGUCGGCCACCGCCAAAGGCAUGCUGGACGUCUACAACAUCAACUUGGUGGGACCCAUGCUGGUCACCAAGGCCUUCCUUCCUCUGCUGAAGCGGGCGGCCAAGGCCUCUCCGGACACGGCCCUCAGCUGCGCCAAGGCGGCCAUCGUCAACAUGUCCACCAUCCUUUCCUCCAUUGAGAAAGUCCCGGAGAUGUACUGCACCUUCCCAGUCAUCUCCUACCGCUGCAGCAAGGCGGCGCUGAACAUGUUGACCAAGCUGCAGUCCAUGGGCUACAAGGAGGAGGGCAUCCUCUGCACGGCCAUCCACCCCGGGUGGGUCAAGACCGACAUGGGAACCGAGAAGGCGGACCUGACCGUGGAGGAGAGCGUGGCCGGCGUUCUGAGCGUGCUCAGCGGCCUCUCCGAGAAGCACCAUGGGGCUCUGGUCACUUGGGAAGGGAAGGUCUUGCCCUGGUGAGGAGCCCCAAGGAAGGAGAG